AGCAGCCAGCAGCCAGCUCUGCAUAAUACAGUGUACAGAGAAGCUGUUCCCUCUUUAUAUUUCUUUCUUUUAUGCCCAUACACUGCCUCUUCCUUUUCCCUGCCUUCUCUUAAGCAGCACAGGAACAGUGAUGAACAUAGCUGCCUGCCUCUCUUUCGAUCUCUCUCUCUGUCUCCCUCUCUCAUCUCUCUUCUCACGCUGUGACCAUCAUGCAGAAUAUAAGGCAGGCUGCUACAGAGGCCUUCUGUCGCCUGGGUUUGAAGCAAAAACACACAGGAUAUGAAGAGCUUACAGACUUUAGUGAUGUUCCCUGUCCUGUAAGGUCUCUACCACCCCAGUGGUACCACACAGUCCAGGUCAGAAGAAUACGAUCUUUAAGGGCUCGGAGUAACAGCGAUCCACUCCAGGGGAAAAAUUUGGGGCAGGCUCUACAGUGGCAAAGGAGGGGCCUGCCUUUUGGAAAUGCAUCUUCCUACUUAAAUCUUGAAAAGCUUGGGGAAGGUUCCUAUGCAACUGUGUACAAAGGUAUCAGCAGAAUUAAUGGCCAGUUGGUGGCACUGAAAGUCAUUAGCAUGAAAGCAGAAGAAGGAGUGCCCUUCACAGCAAUUCGUGAAGGGUCACUACUCAAGGGUCUGAAACAUGCCAAUAUUGUCCUGCUCCACGAUAUCAUCCAGACCAGGGAAACCUUAACUUUUGUUUUUGAAUAUGUGCACACAGAUCUGGCACAGUACAUGUCCCAGCAUCCUGGAGGACUUCUUCCCUACAAUGUCAGGCUCUUCAUGUUCCAGCUGUUGAGAGGCCUGGCCUAUAUCCAUCACCAGCACAUCCUCCAUCGAGACCUCAAGCCCCAGAAUCUUCUCAUUAGCUACAUAGGAGAACUAAAACUUGCUGACUUUGGACUUGCCCGGGCCAAGUCUAUUCCCAGCCAGACAUACUCCUCAGAAGUGGUGACACUAUGGUACCGCCCACCAGAUGUGCUUCUUGGGGCCACAGAUUAUUCCACUGACCUUGACAUCUGGGGCGCAGGAUGUAUUUUCAUAGAAAUGCUUCAGGGUUACCCAGCUUUCUCUGGAGUAUCGGAUAUUUUUGAGCAGCUUGAAAAGAUCUGGUCGGUAAUUGGGACUCCAGCUGAAGAUUCCUGGCCUGGAGUGUCAAUGCUUCCAAACUACAAAACAGAAUGGCUUACUUUACAAGAAUAUCAGCCAUUUGGAAAUGUGUGGGACGGAUUGGGCAGGUCAAUGGGAGCUGAGGAUCUUGCAGAGAAGAUGCUGAAAGGUUGUCCUCGAGAAAGGAUCUCUGCAGAGGAUGCCCUGCUUCACAAAUUUUUCAGUACUCUACCAUGUCAGCUACACCAGCUCCCAGAUGUGCGGUCUAUUUUCACAGUGCCAGGACUAAGUCUUAAACCAGAAAUCCAUGAUCUAUACAUUUCUCAUCGGAAGGGCUCCAAGCCAGAUACACAUCACAGGCUCUGGUGAAUACUACACAGCCACUUAAAGCCUACGACAGUCAUUCUGUCUCACACUACAAACUCAUCCUUAUGAAUGUGCCAGCAUUUCCUAAUUAUAGUCCCUCCCUUUCCGUUGCUGCUGCCUUUUGACUGAAGAAGCCAUCAUCAAAAUAAAAUGGGCCACUCGACCAGGGCUAUAUGUGUGGCCCUCCAACGUACAGCUCCAAAGCCAAUGGGGAUCUCAGAGGAUUUUGGGAUAUGCAGUUCAGCCACAGCAGUGUACAUGCACAGAUUACCUGCUUCCUCUAUCUUCCAUUUUCCCCCCUUGACCUCUCACUUUCUCGUGUAUAAACCUCUUCAUGUAUUGGGAGCCAUUUGCUCAAAGAAGGCCUAAUAAUGGGCUGCUUUUUUAUCUCUCAGCAGAUUAAACUGCCCCCAACCUUGCUGCUGGUAAUGAUAUUCAAACUGUGAAAAUUCAUAGCUGAAAAUACCCUGUAUGACAGUAUGCAGCCUCCAGUUCUGUAACCUCUGUGAUUGACAUUAUUCCUAGCUUACAGAGCCACAGGUUUUUUUAUCCAUGCUUCAUCCAAAACAGAUAUUGAAACUUUUAUUAACUGGAAUGUAAUUCAAAAGUCAAAUGCCAAUUCAUUUCAUAAACAUACAAUGACAAACUGCAUGUGGGAAGAAUGCAUGAGAACUAGCAGAUAUAUUUACAUUCAAGAGACAGGCAUUACCAAAGGACAAUUUAGCUCUACUGCAUGCAAGAUAUCCCAACACACAGUAACAGUGCACUUUUACCAAAAUGAAUGUAACUGUGGCAGAAUGGUGGGCACAUGGAAAAAGUUGCUGCUUUGCAAUAUAAUAUAUUGGGGUCCUAGGUUUGAUUCCAGCCAAGACAACUUCUGCAAGGAGUUUGUAUAUUAUCCCUCACCAAAAAAAAGGAAGAUUAAUUGGCUCCCAAUAAAACUGACCUUAGUAUGUGAUAGGGACCUUACACUGUAAGCUCCACUGGGGCAGAAACAUUUACGAAUGGUGUGUAAUCUUUGCAAAGUGCUGCAGAAUAUUCCAAUUCUAUAUAAUGAAAGGAUAAUAAUAAGUUGUAACCAGUCCAAAACACAUGCUUUAAACCACUGGUACUUUAACUAUGGGUUGGUUUAUGGUGGGUCGCUAAGACUCCCUUAAAGGUGGAAUAUACCCCUUGUUCAACAGGAGUUAAUGAUUAGGGCUUGUACUGAGCAAAAUUUUGUUUUAAUUAUAAAAAUGUUUUUUGUUCCUUUUUGAGCAAAACACAAGGACCAAACAUGGAGUAGCUUCAGUUUCUCUGUUUGCUUUAGUUAGAUUAUUCUUGAUUAAAACAACAGGCAAAAAGUAUGUGAAGGAAAAGCCCUAUGUUGAACAAGGAUAAAUAUUUCCUACUACAAUAAAAAUAAGAAACACCAGGUUAAACCAUAAAUGCAUUUCUAUAAGUAAUUUCUAAAAAUGUUGAGGGUAGCUCAACAUAUUUUCAAAUGUAUGUGUAACUUAAUCAGACUGUGUUUACAAUCUCAUCAUGAAUUGGCAUUUGAUUUCUUUUCUCACAAGUUCAGCCUUCACUAAAUACUCAGUGAAGAAAGCUCUGGGCCCUGUCACAAUAUGGCUAAAUAAGAUAAAGUGGUGCAAUGGAAAAUGCACACAUGAUAAAACAGGGGGGGCAGAACAUUAUGCUUAUGUCACAUAAAGAGAUUAAUGUCUUUGUUUCUUAAAGAAGCAUCGCCCACACUCUCCAUAGAAAACAAAGAAAUGUAUUUCAAGCCAGCUUGAAGUAUCUACUAAUCUCAUUGUGUGAGAUCUGUUAAAGGGCAAGUAAACCAAUACCCAUUCUAUGUAAGCAUUCUGCAAUCAACCCCCAAUAAGUUAUGGGUUCCUUUAGGGUGGCUGCCUUAAGACCAGGACAUAGUUCAUUGCCAGUAUGCCUUUUGUUAUAUAAGGCACAAGUGGUACAUGGUGCCUUUGCUAUACUUUACCGAGGGGGGCUAUACCAGAGGAAACAGGAAAGAAAGUGGCAAGCAGGAACAUACAUGCGCAUAGGAUUUUUGGCUGCAGGAAGCAGCACAACAGCCCUGUACCAUACUGCUUAUUGAAUCAUCUUGUAUCAGUUUGGGAAUUUAAUUGCUAUCUAAGCAAUUCAAAUUAGAGAGGAAUACUUUAAUUAUGAAGGAAUAAGUAAAUAAAUCUCUUUACAGCUGAACAUGUUGCCAAAAUGUAAAUAAAGUUUACCAAAUUAUGGCUA